AUUCAAAAAAAUAAAAUCACCAUAGCUUGCGUCACGUACCUAUUCAUGACAGCUUUUUGCAGAAUAUCUUCGCAAACAAAAAGAUGCUACGCCCAAUUUUAAUUGGAAAUGUAUUCUAUAGGAAUGUAGGAAUGAUACCAAUUGUCAUAGAACAAACAGGAAGGGGCGAAAGAUCCUAUGACAUAUUUUCGAGACUUUUAAAGGAGCGCAUAAUUUGUCUAAUGGGGCCUAUUGAUGAUAAUAUGAGCUCCAUAGUUGUGGCACAGUUACUCUUUCUACAAGCGGAAUCCUCAAAUAGGGCAAUUCACAUGUACAUUAACUCACCCGGAGGUUCCAUUACGGCUGGAUUGAGUAUUUACGACACGAUGCAAUAUAUUCUGCCACCUGUAUCGACAUGGUGCGUAGGGCAAGCUUGCAGUAUGGCAUCCUUGCUGUUAGCUGCGGGAUCUAAAGGAAUGAGAUACUCGUUGCCGAAUGCGCGAAUAAUGAUACAUCAGCCUUCUGGGGGUGUUCGAGGGCAAGCGACUGAUAUACAGAUACAAGCCGAGGAGAUAGUUAAAACGAAGCAAAGAAUUAACGAUUUGUACGUGGCGCAUACUGGGCUAAGUUUGCAGAAAGUGGAAAGCAGCAUGGAGCGAGAUAAGUUUAUGAGUCCGGAGGAAGCGCGUGUAUUUGGCAUAGUGGAUACGAUCCUCGUCCCUAAGAAGAUUGGUGUCCGCCCAUAUGAAGAUGUAUUGUCGGCAGUGGAUAGACCUACUCCAACUGUGAAUGUUUAGGUGUUGUUUGUGAGAACGCCCCCCAAUGUAGUUUAUAUCUCUAUACAAGCGUUCAUCUGAGAAUAUAUCUUUUUCUAAUAGUACACAUGAAAAGCCAGUUACUAUACAUGCAUCGGGUUUAAUGCUGCUCCGCUCAUUUUAUAAGGGUGCACGCUCUCCACAUACUAUGGGUUGAACAGACUAUUUCAAUCGAAUGGAAACUAUUUGAAUUUACUUUCUCGCUUUCAGUAAUAUCAAAUUGUUGAAAUUGAAUCUGUUGAAAUUUAGUAAUGUUACUUCUAAGGCGCUAGC